AUGCUUCAAUCUACACCACCGGGUCAGCUGGCAGAUUUAUUCACCUCUAUGAUUGAUCUCACUUUAGACGAAAAGCUUGAAAUUCUUGAGAUGGUUGAUUUAAAGCCACGUCUUACCAAAGUCAUUUUGCUAUUGAAUCGUCAGCUGCAAGUUUUGAAAAUAUCUCAAAAACUACAAUCCACAGUGCAAAACAGACUUGGUCAAAAACAACGCGAGUUUCUUUUACGAGAACAGCUUGAAGCAAUUAAAAAAGAACUGGGAGAAAACGAUGAUGGGAAGGAUGCGGAUGAUGUAGUGGAUUUAACUAAGCGAAUUGCCGAGUCAAAGCUUCCAGAAGAACCCCUACGCGCUGCACAACGUGAGUUGAAACGGCUAAGUCGAAUGAACCCCAAUAUGUCCGAAUAUCAGGUUAUUCGCACGUACUUGGAGUGGAUGGCAGAGCUACCCUGGUCACAGAAAACGCCAGACAAUCUUGAUAUUUCUCAUGCUCGUGGUAUUUUGGAUCAUGAUCACCAUGGACUGGAUAGAGUAAAACUAAGAGUGAUUGAAUAUCUUGCUGUCAGAAAACUUAAGCAAGACUUACGAGGACCCAUUCUCUGUUUAGUAGGUCCACCUGGCGUUGGUAAAACCAGUCUAGGAAAAUCCAUCGCGAAUGCUCUUGGAAGAAAGUUUCAUCGCAUUUCACUGGGAGGUAUACACGACGAAGCUGAGAUUCGUGGACACCGACGUACAUAUCUCGGAUCACUUCCAGGUCUUAUUGUGCAGGGAUUGCGACAAUGUGGUGUAAAUAACCCAGUUUUACUACUUGAUGAGAUUGAUAAGCUUGGUCAUGACUAUCGUGGCGAUCCAUCCUCGGCAUUGUUGGAGGUUCUUGAUCCAGAGCAAAACUCGACAUUUACAGAUCAUUAUCUGGGUGUCCCAUUCAAUCUUUCAAAUGUAUUAUUUAUAGCUACAGCAAACGAUAUGGACACCAUUCCUGCGCCGCUUCUGGAUCGAAUGGAAGUGGUACAGAUUUCAGGAUACACAGUUGAUGAAAAAUUGAGCAUUGCCCGACAGUAUCUUCUUCCAAAGCAGAUUCAUGCACACGGACUUGCAGAAGAUCAUGUUAAAAUCAAUGACACUUUGCUACUUAAAAUUGCUACAGGAUAUACACGCGAGGCAGGAGUGCGACAUCUUGAGCGAGAGAUUGCUGCCGUGUGCCGAUCCCUUGCUGUCGAAUAUUCCAUUCUUAAAGAAACUGGUCGCGAAGCUGUAUUCAAUGGAAUAAUGGCUGCUGAAAAGCUCGAGUCUAUUUUGGGUGUUGAACGGUUUGACGAUGAGGUGUCGGAACGUACAGGGGUUCCAGGAAUUGUGACUGGGCUUGCAUGGACAUCCACAGGAUCUGGAGGGUUAUUGUUUAUUGAAUCUACAUGCACACCAGGAUCUGGAAAAUUACAUCUUACUGGGAAAUUGGGGGAUGUGAUCAAAGAGUCGGCACAAAUUGGGGUUACAUGGGUCAGAGCGAAUGCAGAUGCAUUAGGAAUCCACGGCACACACAAGAAUCUCUUUGAAGACACGGACAUUCAUGUGCAUUUUCCAAGUGGAGCAAUUUCUAAAGAUGGGCCAAGUGCUGGAGUGUCGAUCGUCACGUCACUCGUGUCACUGUUGACUAAAUCUGUAGUACGCAAUCAUACAGCCAUGACAGGAGAGAUAACAUUGAGAGGACAAGUACUGCCAGUAGGAGGGAUCAAGGAGAAAAUAUUAGCAGCACACCGAGGAGGGAUCAAGCAAGUGAUUGUACCAUAUCGCAACCAAAAGGACGUUAUUUCAGACAUUCCAGACCGAGUUAAACGAGAAAUGCAGUUUGUGUAUGCCAAGAGUAUUUGGGAUGUGCUCGGAGCAGCAUUUCCUGAGCAAGUUCAAUAUGAGCAACAGAGAAUUGCCGAGGCCAAACUUUGA